GCGGUAAGUGGAGUGUUGUGGUGGUCGUCUUGACGACCACGUAUUGGUGUGUCGCCAUGACAACCACCCGCACGUGUGCCAAACUUUGCUGUCAUUCACUGUUGUUUGGUUGAGUGUUACACUUUGGCCAGGUAUGUUGGUGCGACGUCAUGUUGCUUGUAUGUGAGUGAGCAUAGGUAUUGUAUCAUACUGCUGCAGUGUGAGUAGAUGGCCACCAUGAGGGCUUGAGGCACACGAGUGUGUGGGAAAGCCAGCACGUGGAGGCACGUGAAGCACGUAACGGCAAGCUGGACAUUCCUGUGCAGCGUCGCUGAACUCGACACAGGAUUUCCCUUAACUCCAAAGGAAGGAUGAUCAUUUAAGGCAAAAUCUAAAGAAUUUUCACAUGAUGGAUUCAUCAGAUGUGAGGAAGAACUUUAUUUUGGCAACCACUGCCAACUACUUUGGGGUGACUCUGGACAAUGCAAACAUUCAGGCCCUGCACUCUGACCAGAGCCUCAACACCUUCCUGGACUCCGGCAACUGUCAGCUGCUGGGUGCCCACAUGGUGUCUGGUGAGGCUGGGAUCACUCUCAGCACCAAGGUUGACUCUUCACUCAAGAAGGAUAAGCUACUGGUAUUCUUUAAAAUCAAGCCAGAUGUAAUCACAGGUGACAACCUCGCAGAUAUUUUUGUUUCCUCAAUGCUGGACUCUCCAAUAUCUUCACUGUACCACUCAUUACAAAAACUUUAUGCUCCCAUACUGCUCAAGGACUCAGAGUGGAGUGGCUCACUGGACCCCAAGCUGCAGGCACUGGUCACUGAGCUCUCUGAUGGCCUGGGCAGCCUCCUUAGAAAGCAGGAACCUGACCAAGCUGGAGACUCUAGCAGCCAUGUGUCUAAAAGGCUGGCAGGAGUCCUCACCGUGAAGGAUGAGACUGAGUACUGGGCUGACACGGCCAACAACCCCAUGAGUCAAGAGGAGAAGGAAGUGGCUCGGGGCUUCUACAAUGUAUUAGAGCCCAUGUCAAAAGAGUUCAGUGGAUUGGAUGCUGUGCCCAUGGUGGAUGCCGAGGAAGUAUUGGAGAAUACUCAGAACUCCCUGGAGGAGCUGUGGCGUCUCGACUACCCCCAGGCACGCAUGUCCCACCUGCUGGAUGUCAUCGCUAAUCAGUUGUCCCGAUAUGUACAGGGUAAACUGUCAUCUGAGGAUCUUUGGGGUGGCCAGUAUAACCAGGUGGAGAAGAGUCUGUCUGAGGGUAUCAGUGUGUGUGACCACUGGGUAGAGACUUGCCACAACCUCACCUCCAUGUACUGGAAGAGUGGAGCAGACCAGAUGUGGGAAGGAAAGCCUUUGGUUCCAGAUUACUGCAAGAAUGUCUCCCAGCGACUCUCUGAAAUCCUGAGUCUCCGAACACUCCACAAGCAGCUCACCAGAUUGCUGUCCCUUAGUGAACAGGAGGAUCUUAAGACAUCUGAUGCCUUCAAGCCAUUUGCAGGUCUUAAACCUGUGCAGUACAACCCUUAUACAGAGCCUUUGUGGCAGGCAGGUGUGCGCCAGUUUGAAAAUUUUCUCAAGCCAGCAGAGCAGCGCAUUGCUGGUAAGCUCAGGGCACAGCUGAGAAACAUGAACUCUAGUGCAUACCAGCUGAUGCAGGAGUUCAAGCGCUACAAGGAACUCAUCAAGAGAGACAGUAUACAGACAGAGUUGGUGGCUGAGAGGGAAAUGCUGCUUAGUGAGCUCAACAGUUACAUUAGAACUCUACGCUCAGACUUCAGCACCACAUCAGUCAAUGGACCCAGACGGCUGCCUAAUGUGCCUGAAGUAGUAAGCAACAUCUACUGGGUGAAGCCCAUUCAUGCUAAAGUCCAGGAUAUUGGUAAGACCGCCGAUGCCCUGCUGACAGACUUGAACGGCUAUGAUGAACUUAAGAGAAACAUUAAGGAAUUCUGUGAAGAGUUAGAAGAGUAUCACACAGAUCAGUUUGACUCCUGGUCUAGAGAAAUGCUGCACAUGAUUGACACUGAAGAAUUAAGCCUUGCCACAGACUCCCCAGUGCUGUCGUUCAGUCAUGGCCGCCUCUUGCGUGUCAACUACAACCCGCGCCUGGUGGGUCUGGCCAGGGAGGUGACCCAGCUGUCCAUCCUUGGCCACAAUAUUCACCCAUCCAUAGUCAAGAUGGCCCAGCUGGCACACAAGUUCAUGAAGCAAGCCAAGGCCCUGGAAGAGAUUGCCAAUUUUCACAACACUAUCGGGGAUCAGAUGAUACCAUCCCAGCGACCCAUGAUGCUGGAGGCAGCACUGGCUCUCUCUGGCCUGGUGCAGGAGCAGACCACCAUCACCUGGUCCAACACACAGCAGCUGGAUGCCUACAUUGCCAAGCUGAAGGCUGCCACACAAAGACUGGCCAGGGAAAACAAACAGCUGGCCCAAUGUCACCUCAUGAUCAAAGAGAGAGUGUUGACUCUAAUGAACACCGACCUGCUGAAGCACCAGAGUCGGUGGAAGGAGCUGCUGAAGGAGAUGCGCUCCAUCAUGCACCAGUUGGAGGAGAAGGGCUUUGUAGACCAGAAAUCUUGGUGUUCCCACUGGGACCGUCAGCUGUAUAAGGCUCUGGAGCACCAGUACCAGUUGGGUAUUGAAGCACUCAACCAAAACCUGCCAGAGUUCAAGGUGGAGCUCACAUACAGGCAACAGCGGCUCCAGUUUCUCCCUCCAAUGGAGGAGAUUCGUAUGAAAUACUAUGGCCAGCUGAAGAGAUUUCUUGCCAUUCCUCAUCACUUUAAAGGUGUGAAUGAGGUGAAUGAGCACCCAGUGUUUCCUGCCAUUGUGGACCGCAAUGCCCACCGCUUUGGACAGCUGUUCCAGAGGGCUGAGGAGCUCUUUGAGAGGCUGGAGAAUGUCAAGGACCGUUUCCUGGAUCUCUGUGCGAUUGGUAGUGGUGAUAUGGAACAGCUGGUGGAGCAGCACUGCAAGACAGCUGAGGAUUGGGACAGGAACUUGCGAGCUUCAAAGGGAAAGGGACAGGAAAUAGGGCGGCUGCCAAGUCAGGAGAAGAUUGACUGCUUCACCAUCAGUUUCCAGCCCCUGAGGGUGGAGCUGGAGAUCAUGAACCGUCGCUACUGGGACAUCCUGGUUCAGUCCCUUCACAAUGCUAUCAUGAAGGACAUUACCACCAUUGAAAAGUUCACAGAAGAUGCCAUAGAGGUACUGAGGAAACAGCCACAGACUGUGGAGGAGAUUGCCAACGCCAGCAGCAAGCACAGUGAGUACAUCCAGCAGACUGAACAGAUGGUGGAGCUGUUCAAUGAGGCAGAGCGCAAAAACAAAACUCUGGCUUCCUGGACUAAGGAGAGGGUGGAGCAGCUAUCCAGAGUCACCAUGCAGUGGGACAACUACAAGUCACUAAUGGAUAAUCAUGAACAAAUAGUGGCUAGACAGAUGGAAGUGAUCAUGAGCAGCCUUGAGAGUCAGACAAACAACUUCAACAGUGAGGUAGAGAAAUUUGGAAUGCGCUGGUAUCAGCUGCGGCCCCGAGAGGACCAGUUGGAGGGUGAGAUGGACGUGCAGGCCUCUAUUGCUUUCAUCACUGAGAAACGUCUUGAAUGGGACCAGCUGAUGGAGAUGAGAGACAGACUGAGAAAUGACUACCAGCACUUCAACAUGGGAGAGCCAGUCUUUCCUGAGGUGGAGGACAUAGAGGCAGAUCUUAAGAGCCAUGAGCAGAUAUGGGGCCUGUUUGAGGAGUUUAAUACAAGCAUGCAACAGUUUGCUGAUGAAGAAUGGAUUGUGUUUAGGAGCAAGACUUUCAAAUUUGAAGAGUUCCUCAAUCAGUGGAAUGACAAGCUCAGCAACUCUGGAGAAACCACACCAGUCACUGUGCGCCUCAUCCGUGAGCUGGAGAAGUACCAGACGAUGGUGCCAGUUCUCAAGUAUGUACGUGGUGAGGUGUUCUCCGAGAAGCACUGGAUUGAGAUGUACAAUCUCCUUGGCAUCCCAUCAACCACCACCAUUGAUAAACUCACCUUUGGGAACUUCCUCAAGGUACGAGAAGAACUGGUGAAGCAGGCUGAUGCCCUGAAAGAAAUGAAUUCCAAGGCUGCAGGGGAAAUAGUGAUACGGCAGGCGCUAGGAGAGUUGGACGUGUGGGAGGUGGAUGCUCGCUUCACCCUCACUCCACACAUCAACUCUGCAGGGAACCAAGUCAUGCUCAUUAAGGAGUGGAAGGAUGUCAUCAACAAGGUAGGGGAUCACCAGAGUCUUCUACAGUCACUCAAGGACUCUCCUUACUAUCCAGCCUUUGCUGAUCGAGCACGAGUGUGGGAACAACGACUUGCAGACCUUGAUGAGUACCUUUCUAACCUCAAUCAGAUCCAGAGGAAGUGGGUGUACUUGGAGCCCAUCUUUGGGCGCGGUGCCCUACCCAAGGAACAAGGCCGCUUCAGGAGAGUGGAUGAUGACUUCAAGGCCAUCAUGGCUGAUGUGGCAAGGGACAGCAAGGUGGUGUCUUUGUGUCGUAUCAGUGGCUUCAGGAGCACACUCUCCACACUCCUUGAUCAGCUGGCUUGGUGUCAGAAGAGCCUUAACGAGUACCUGGAAGAAAAAAGGACGGCAUUUCCUCGCUUCUAUUUCAUUGGUGAUGAUGACCUGCUGGAGAUUCUUGGUCAGGCCACUAACCCAGAAGUGAUACAGUCACAUCUGAAGAAGCUCUUUGGAGGAAUCCACUUUGUCAAGUUCAAUGAGGGGAACACCCACAUCACAGCCAUGAAGAGUCUGGAAGGGGAAACUGUUCCACUGAAGAAGCCCGUUGAAAUAACCACCAAAGUUGAAGAGUGGCUGAGUCACCUGAGUGAAGGGAUGAAAGGCACGCUGCAGCAGCACCUCAUCCAGUGCCUGUCAGAAGCCCGCUCAGAUUCUGGCAUGGAUCCUCUCAAGUCACCCUCACAGAUCUUGUGUUUGGCUGAUGCCAUUCUCUUCACUGAGCGGUGUGAGGAGUCCAUCAGGGAAGGACGACUCACCAACUUCAAGAAGGAGCUCGAGGCCAAACUGGAGUCAUACACCAAUGUUGACCUCAGCUCUGAUGGGUCCAGGGAGAGCCAGGUGGACAGUCAUGUGCUUGAACUGAAGCUGAAGGCUCUCAUCUUGGACACCAUCCACAACAUUGACGUGGUCACCUCACUCAUCAGGGCAAGCACCACAACCCUGGCAGACUGGGAAUGGCAGAAGCAACUAAGGUUCUACAUGGGUGAAGACCAGUUAGCCAUCAUGAGGAUGGUGGAUGCUCAGUUUGCCUACACCUAUGAGUACCAAGGCAAUGCUCCUAAGCUGGUGCACACUCCCCUCACUGACAAAUGUUACCUCACACUUACACAGGGCAUGCACAUGGGAUUGGGAGGUAAUCCAUACGGUCCUGCUGGCACCGGGAAGACUGAGUCUGUCAAGGCUCUUGGAGGACUGUUUGGGCGGCAGGUGUUAGUGUUCAACUGCGACGAGGGGAUUGAUGUCAAGUCCAUGGGGCGCAUCUUUGUGGGAUUGGUAAAGUGUGGUGCUUGGGGCUGCUUUGAUGAGUUCAACCGUCUGGAGGAAGCUGUGCUGUCUGCCGUGUCCAUGCAGAUCCAAACUAUCCAAGCUGCCCUCAAGUCACAGGCUGCAACCACAACACUGCUAGAAAAGGAGGUGCCGGUUGAUUCCAAUGCAGGCAUCUUCAUCACUCUGAACCCAGCAGGCAAGGGUUAUGGAGGUCGCCAGAAGCUCCCAGAUAAUCUAAAGCAGCUGUUCCGUCCUGUUGCCAUGUCCCGGCCAGACAUUGAACUCAUCGCUGAAGUCAUUCUCUUCAGUGAAGGCUUCAAAGAUGCCAAAAGUCUGGGUCGAAAACUUGUAGCAAUUUUCAACCUAUCAAGGGAACUACUGACCCCACAGCAGCAUUAUGACUGGGGCCUUCGAGCACUGAAGACAGUCUUGAAGGGUUCAGGCAACCUGCUACAGCUGCACAGGAAGACAAAGACAGAGGAGAGUAGUGGUGGGGAAGAGGUGGAGAAGGGAGUGGAAGCAGAGUUGGUGGUGCAAGCCCUGCGCCUCAACACCCUCUCCAAGCUGACCUUUGCUGACAGUUCCAGAUUUGAUGAACUGGUGAAAGAUGUCUUCCCAGAUGUCAAGUUCAGAGGUGUUGGUUAUGAGAGUCUGGCAGACUUGUUGCAUGAAACCUUUAAGGAGCUGAGCCUUAUCCCCAAUGAAAGACAAGUCAAGAAGUGCCUUGAGCUGCAUGAGCAACUACAACAGCGGAUGGGUGUGGUGGUGGUGGGGCCCUCAGGCUCUGGGAAGACCACUCUUUGGCAAACUCUUCGAAAAGCUCUCCUCAAGAUGGGCAAGACUGUGAAGAAGUAUGUUAUGAAUCCCAAAGCCAUGCCCCGCCAGCAGCUGCUCGGCCACAUUGACCAUGACACAAGGGAAUGGUCAGACGGAGUGCUGACCGCCUCUGCCCGCCAGGUUGUGAGGGAGCCACCUGAAACUACGUCUUGGAUCAUUUGUGAUGGAGAUAUUGAUCCAGAGUGGAUUGAAUCCCUUAAUUCUGUGCUGGAUGAUAAUCGCCUGCUCACCAUGCCAUCUGGGGAAAGGAUACAAUUUGGUCCUAAUGUUAAUUUUCUGUUUGAGACACACGACCUCUCGUCAGCUUCUCCUGCUACUAUUUCUCGCAUGGGCAUGAUAUUCCUCAGUGAUGAAGACACAAAUAUUCACGCUGUUGUUAAUUCAUGGUUGGCCUCUCAGAAUGAGGCAUCACAGCGCUGCCUUGAGCCUUACAUAGAGGAGUACUUCUUCAAGGCCCUGGAGUGGGUGCUCAAGGCUGGGGAAGCUCAAGUGGACACUACAUUAGUGGGAUGGGUUCUCAAUGGCCUCUCACACCUUCAGGAUGUCACUAGUAAGGCACAUUUUGCUCUAGCCCUUGUGAGAGGGCUUGGGGGCAACCUGCCAGAGACCUUGAGAGCAGACUUUGCCAGAGAAUUGUACUCCUGGAUGGGUGAGCAUCUGCCAGACCAGCGCAAGCCUCUCAACGUGUACUAUGAUGCUUCCCGAGACCGCCUGGAGCCUUAUACAGCAGAAAUGGUUGAGGAGGUGGCAGUAGUAGACACAGCCGAGGUUCCUCUCAUACUGACAGCAGAUGCCAAGUGUUCUCUAGACUAUUUCUCACCUUGGCUACAGAUGGAAACUCAGCAGUCCUUCAUCCUGGUGGGACCAGAAGGCUGUGGCAAAAGUCUGCUGCUGAACCAUUGCUUCUCCCAGCUGCGCAGCACCCAGGUGACCAUGAUCCACUGCAGCGCCUACACUGCUCCUCAUCACAUCCUUCAGAAGCUGUCACAGAUGUGUAUGGUGCUCUCCACAAACACAGGCAGAGUGUAUCGGCCCAAAGACUGUGAAAGGCUCAUAGUUUACCUCAAGGACCUCAACUUGCCAAAACCUGAUAAAUGGGGCACUUGCCAACUCAUUACCUUCUUGCAGCAGGUUGUGACAUAUCGUGGUUUCUAUGACAAUAAUCUUGAGUGGGUAGGCUUGGAAGGAGUGCAGGUUGUGGCCUCCAUGACUGGUGGCUCAGCCCUCGGACGCCAUAAACUCUCUACUCGCUUCACUUCUGUUGUGAGGAUUGCCUCCAUUGGGUACCCAGAGCGUGAGCAGCUGGUGAGUGUGUACACAGCCUACCUGCAGUCAGUGUUGAGGUCGGUGUGUGCUGAUCACCCAGCGUGGACCAGCUCAGUCAAGGUCCAGCAGCUAGCCACAUCAAUGGUUAACAUCUAUCAUGAGGUGCGUGAGGCCUUCAGUGUGGAUGACUACAGCCACUACCUCUUCACUCCACGUGAUCUGACACGUUGGGUUGUGUGUCUCCUGCGCUACCAGGUGCCUCCAGACGCCUCCUCUCUUACUCCUUUGCUCCAGGUGUGGCUGUAUGAGGCUUGCAGACUCUUCAGAGACAAACUGGUAGAGGAGGAGGACAUUCUGAAGUUUGAUGGUUUCCUCCUGUCCGGCAUCCAGUCAGACUGGGGUGUGGACCUCCGGGACUCCCUCCACAACACUUUUUAUGUCACUCCUGCUGUAGCCUCGGUAACUGCAGGUGCUCCACUACCCCGCCAUGGCCAUCCACUGGGCUUGAUGGGAAAAGAGGAUUGGAAUGAGGUGGUGGAGAAGGCAGUCACCCAGUACAGCCGGGAGAGGCGGGAGAUGGAUCUUCUCAUCUUUACGGAGGUGCUGGAGGCCAUGGCAAGGGUGGACCGCAUACUGACAUCUCCUGGGGGCUCCAUGCUCAUGGCAGGGAGGUCAGGGGUUGGCCGCCGAACAGCCAUCUCUGUGGUGGCCAACCUGCACAGCAUCAAAGUCAUCUCUCCCUCCAUGAGCCUUGAGUAUAAUAUCAAGAAUUUCAGGAAUGAUCUCAAGCAGGUGAUGCAGAGUGCUGGGGUGGAUGGGGAGCAAGUGUUGCUGCUGCUGGAAGACCAUCACCUCGUCUCCUCAGCCUUCCUGGAAAUCAUCAACUCUCUCCUCAUGUCGGGCGAGGUUCCAGGCCUUUACACCCCUGAGGAGCUGGAUCCUCUUCUGAUGCCCCUCAGAGAACAAGCAGCUCAUGAAGACUUCAGAGGCUCACAGUACACAUACUUUGCUUCACGUGUGAUGAGAAAUCUCCACAUUGCUCUCAUCAUGGACUCAAGUAAUCAGGAGUUCUCUGUGCAGUGUGAGAGCAACCCAGCGCUGUACAAGAAGUGCACUGUGCUGUGGAUGGAGGGCUGGGCCAGGGACACCAUGAUCCAGAUACCCAGCAUGCUCCUCAGUGAAAAUGAGAAAGAUGCCAAGAGUGGUAAAGAAUUCUUGAGUUCCUUCCUGGCAGUACAUGAGAGCCUGCCGUCACACCUGUCCACGCCACGCCGUUACUUGGCACUUCUUCACACAUACCGAACUAUGCAUAAUACUAAGAAGGAAGGCGUCACCCAGCGACAGCGCCAUCUCAAGGCAGGUGUAGCCAAACUGAAUGAGGCCCAAGAUGUGGUGAGCCGCCUGAAGGCUGAGGCAGCCAAGAAAGAGGUGGUAUUGGCAGAAAAGCAGGAAGAAGCUAACCGUGCCCUCCAGCUCAUCACUGACACCAUGAAAAAUGCCAAUGACCAGAAGGUGCAAAUGGAAGCUCUUAAAGAACAGGCAUUAACUGAAAACAAGAAGAUUACUGAAAGGAAGAAAAACAUAGAUGAAGAGUUGGCAGAGAUUGAGCCCCUAGUGAGGGAAGCUAAGGAGGCUGUGGGCAACAUCAAGUCUGAGGCACUCUCUGAAGUCAGAUCCCUGCGAGCCCCACCUGAAGUGAUUAGGGAUAUCUUGGAAGGUGUCCUGCGCCUCAUGGGAGUCCAAGACACCUCAUGGAACUCCAUGAAGACUUUUCUGGCUAAGAGAGGCAUCAAGGAGGAGAUACGGAGCUAUGACCCAAGAGAUGUGACCAGUGAAAACCGCCGAUCAGUCGAGAAGCUGCUGAAGGAUCGCUCAGACUCCUUCAACCCAGCCGUUGCCAAGCGUGCCUCUGCGGCCGCCGCUCCCCUUGCUGCUUGGGUCAAGGCUAAUGUGCGCUUUUCCUAUGUUCUGGAGAAAGUCAAGCCACUGGAGCAAGAGCAGAACAAGCUGCAGAGGAACCUGGAGAGAGCUGAGGCACAGAUUGGAGAACUUUCAGCUGGCCUGAAAGACGUAGAUGAGCAAGUGUCUGUGUUGCGUGAAAAACUAAAUCGUUCUACCAAGGAGGCAGCAGAAGUGGAGUUCCAUCUCAGCAAGGCUCAGGAGACCAUCACUGCUGCAGAGAGUUUGGUGACAAAGCUUGAGGGAGAAUACCGGCGCUGGAGUCAGCAGGUGUCAGAGCUUGAGUCGGGCUUAAAAGGUCUGCCCCGGGAAGCCCUUCUGGCUUCAGCCUUCAUCACAUAUCUCAGUGAGGCACCAGAGGACAUUCGGAAAGCAACAUUGGCACACUGGAGCCGCAUGCUGAAAGUGAGCAGCUUCGAUCUGAGAAGGUUCUUGAGCAGUGAGAGGGAGCAGCUGCAGUGGAAGGCUGAAGGUCUCCCCUCAGACCAGCUCUCCAUUGAAAAUGCCUUGGUCAUCCUCCAGAGUGGGAUGUGCCCAUUCCUGAUUGACCCCUCAUCCCGAGCCACUGCCUGGGUGCGAGAACACCUGCGGGAGUCAACUGUUGAGGUCACCACUCAGCAGGACCCCAAGUUUGUCACCACACUCGAGCUGGCUGUUAGAUUUGGCAAGACCCUCAUCAUACAAGAUGUGGACCAGGUAGAACCACUGCUCUUUCCACUGCUCAGGGGUGACCUUGUCAGUCAAGGGCCCCGGUAUGUGGUAGAACUUGGAGAGAAAAUCCUUGAUUACAAUGAGAAUUUCCGCCUGUUCUUGGCAACUCGCAGCCCUGAAUCGCAGCUGCCUCCCAAUGUGGCAUCCGUGCUUGCUAUUAUCAACUUCACCACCACCAGGGCUGGACUGCAGGGGCAGCUUUUGGCAGCAACACUGCAAGUGGAAAAGCCCGAGCUGGAGGUACGCAGGACUGACCUUCUACGACAGGAGGAGGAUCUCAAGAUUCAGCUGGUGACCUUAGAGGAUCAGCUACUCACCUCCUUAGCAGAGUCUCAGGGCAACAUUUUGGAGAAUAAGGAACUCCUUGCAUCACUGGAGCAAGCCAAGUCCAGUGCUGCCACCAUUGAAUCGUCACUCAAAGAGUCAGUCUCACUGCAGAAGUCCCUUGAGAAUGAACGCAAGGCCUACUUACCUCUUGCAGAGGCUGCUGCCAACCUCUACUUUGUCAUCUCAGACCUGUCCAAGCUGAACAACAUGUAUCGCUUUAGCCUCAAUGCCUUCCAGGGUCUCUUCCACAAAGCUCUGCAGAUCCCACAGGAUGGCAGUAGCACAGAGCAACGCAUCACGUCCCUGCAGCGCACCCUGGUGGACUUUGUGUACAGCUACAUCAGCCGCUCACUCUUCAAGGCUGACCGUCUCAUGUUUGCCCUGCACCUCGUCCAUGGCAUGUACCCGGACUUAUUCCAAGAUAAGGAAUGGGAAGCCCUGACUGGCCAGGUGGUGACUGAUGUCCGUGCAGACACAGCUGAAAUGAAGGGUACCCUGCCUAAGUGGAUUGAUGAGGAACGGACAUCAUCUGUUCUCUUGUUGAAGCAAACCUUCCCAUCCCUGUAUGAAAGCCUGAAGCUGGAUGACCUUUCGAUUUGGUCUGGCUUUGCUCGCUCCAGCCACUGUGAGAUGGACAUUCCUGUGCAGCUGGGACAAAAGACCUCCGCCUUCCAGCAGCUCCUUAUUAUCCAGGCCAUUAGACCUGAUCGCUUACAGUCUGCCAUGAUUAACUUUGCAUCAAGGGCCCUUGGUAUGAAAGAACUUUCACCACCAGCACUCAAUUUGCGCCGGCUAUUGCCUGAGACAUCUGCCAUGGAGCCAAUCUUGAUCAUCAUCUCCCCAGGAGCAGAUCCUUCCCAAGAACUCUCUGACUUAGUGCAUAGCACAGUGGGACCCAGCAGCUAUCAAGAGGUGGCCAUGGGUCAAGGUCAGAGUGAGAAGGCAGUCAAGUUGAUCAAGGAGUGUGCCAGCUCAGGUCAUUGGCUUUGUCUGAAGAAUCUGCACCUAGUCACUGCCUGGCUGCCAUUCCUAGAGAAGGAGCUCAAUGGUCUCGAGCCACACAAAGAUUUCCGACUCUGGUUGACAGCUGAGCCUCACAUCAAGUUCACUCCAAUAAUCCUACAGACCAGCCUCAAAGUUACAUAUGAGGCACCAGCUGGAGUCAAGAAGAACCUUCAACGGACAUAUGACUCUUGGUCACCCGAGCUGGUGGCUCGCGGCAAUAAUGUUAGCCGAGCACAGGCGCUCUUUGUGUUAGCGUGGUUCCAUGCAGUAAUGCAAGAGCGGAGAACUUACAUCCCACAAGGAUGGUCUAAGUUUUAUGAAUUUUCUCUAGCAGACCUGAAGGCAGGAUGUGACAUUUUAGACAGACUCUUCAAACAGGAAGGUUCUGGUGAUGUUAAGUGGAAUUUUGUGCAUGGCCUGUUUGAAAAUGCUAUCUAUGGAGGUCGUGUGGACAAUAUCUGGGAUGGCAAGGUUCUUUCAGCAUACCUGCAGAUCUUUUUCAACAAUGAGAUGGUGGGUGGACGCAGGCCAACAGCUACUCAGCUGAUAAAGAACCUUACUCUGCCAACCACUGUCAACUAUCAGGACUAUGCAGCCCUUAUCAAGAGUCUGCCAGAGGAGGACGAUCCUUCUUACUUUGGUUUGCCGUCAAAUAUUGAGAGAUCAUGGCAGCGUAUUGUCAGCUCUCAGGUGAUUAGCCAGUUGAAAGUUCUCAUGAGGUCACCAGAGCUUGCAAGUCGUUUUGACCGUGAGAAAUGGCAUUCCCAGCUCUCUCCAGUCCUCAAUCUAUGGAAAAAGCUCAAUCAGGGUGCUAAUCUGAUUCAGGCCAAGGUUGCUGUGCCUGGUCCAACAGUGGAUUGCCCCGUGAAGGCAUUUGUGCAACUGGAACAGUACACAGCAGUGUUGUCAGUGCAGAAGGUCCAUCGUUCACUGGCUGCACUCUCCAAGGUGAUCCGAGGCACACUACUUCUCACCACAGAGGUACAGAAGCUUGCAGAAUCCCUUCUCAGACAAGAAACACCUGCCAGCUGGCUAAAGCUGUGGGAUGGCCCCGAGGACCCUCUGGAAUACCUUUGCAGCUUAGUGCGCCGAGCUCUAGGAAUUGGGCGCUGGGUGGCCAAAAGUGAGCAAGGCAGUCUACUGCGGGAGUCCCUCGACCUGUCUGAACUACUCCACCCAGCCACCUUCCUCAAUGCUCUUCGCCAGCUGACAGCCAGGGAAUACAAGACCUCAAUGGACAACCUGGAGUUUGUCACUGCUUGGCUGCGCAGUGGCAUUCCCAAUGCUCGGGUGGCCAUGAAGUGGUCAGGCCUGCAGAUGGAAGGUGCUACCUUUGAUGGCACACGACUCCUUCACAACGCCCACGACUCUCCCAGUAUCACUGUUGCACCGGUAUGCACUGUGGCUUGGAUUCCUAAGGACCAACCAGUGCGAGUAUAUCACGAAGAGCUGCUCUCAGUGCCAGUGUAUGCCUCCAUCAAGCGGGAGCAGCUGGUGGGCAGUGUGGAUUUACCCUGCCCAACUCCACACCAUGAGUGGCGGCAGACUGGUCUCGCUCUCUUCCUCGUUACAUAAACAGCAUAACUUUAACAUUUUGUGGAGGAACAUGAAAACUCAGAUUCACUUUGAACAGGAUUUGUAUCCAAAUCAUACAUUUUUCAAAUAAGGCAGUACACCCAGACCUACUAACCACUUAAAUAAUUUCAAAGAACCCCCUUACACUCCUUUGUAGCACAGAAAGUCAUACUAAUUUCUCUUCAUUAAAUUAUCUGUUACUGAGGAUUUCAUUCCCAGACAUGCAAACAUCAGUUAAUUAAUUCUCUCCUUUUGUAAAUCUUGCAUAAAUAUUCCCAUUGUUCAAAACAACAUGGCAAGGCAGCAAGAGAUUUUUUUUUAAACUGGUAUUUAUUUCAUUAAUAUCUGUCUAAUAUCAUGAUUUUACAGAUACAUUGUAUAUCAGUGUUGACAAGCCCAGGCCAUUUACAGAUAGAUGUACAAUCCAAAAAUUGUGGCUACAAUAGAAAGUUCAGCAAUAACUACCUUGAUACAGCAAUUAUAGGUGGAAGUUGCUUUAAGCUUGUACUCAUAUUAUAUACCAUAGCCCACAUAAUACAGGUGAUAGACCAGUUUAUUUAAUGGUAUUAGAUGUUGAUUUCAGAACCUGUAUCAACAUUAUGUACAGAGUACUACUGAUAUAACGUGGUUGACAUCAUUUCUUUUCACAGUAAACAGAGUGUCGUAGUGUCACAGCUACCUUCCCACGGAGGCUGAAUAUUCUGAUUCUUUAACGCAACCUUCUAUGCUGUGCUUGGAUCAAGCAACAGUGUGUGAGUUAGCUCAGCUGCUGAAUAGCUCAAACAGCUGUUCAACUGAUAUGAAGAGAGUGGGGUCUUUUCAUCUGGUGUGCCAGACAAAGGCUAACUGUGCUACUACUAUUAUGCUUCCUCCUAAUAUGACUACAAGCAAGGAAAAACAAAAGGCCAUUUGUUUCCAAACCAUGCUCUUUCUCUAUAUCAACUGAACAGCUAACUGAGGUGAUUUACACACUGUUGCCAGUUAAUGUUCCAAAAGCAUCAGAACAUCUUGUCUUCCCAAGAAGGUAGUUGUGAGCCUUCUCCAUUUACUGCACACAGAUACAAUGUUGGCUCCAAGUGGACAUGCAAGUUCUGAAACCAGUAUAUGUUAAACACCAUUAAAUGGCUUAUUAAUGCAGGGUGUCCCAUGAGUACAUGCUUUAGGACAAUAGCUAAAGUAAUUCUAAGUCAAAAAUACUCAAAGAUUAUCCAUGUUUUGCUUUAUUUUUUCAAGAAAUUAACCUAGAAAUUUUGUGUAGCAGGUUCAACUCCUCCUCCUCUGUAGGCAUCUACCUCCUCUUCUUCCCUCCCCAGGUCACUAUGUACUGUACAUCCUGGACUGUAAGACAACUGGGAGCCACUGCUCACAUGGUUGUCAAAGUGUAAGGGAGUGCAUCAUUGAUUAGCUAUUAUAAUGUUAAAGGCUUGCGUGGCAGUCAGUUGCCUCGCCAAAAUAAACUGUCCCUGUUCUGCACAGAUCCAGGUGUUUCUGAGAGUGGUGUAGUACUUCACACAUUCAGCUCACAAAUGAGAAGGCCCGGGUUUGACUCAUGGGCACAGCAAGGCAAAUGGGUAAGCCUCUUAAUGUGUAGCACCUGUUCACCUAGUAGCAAGUGGGCACAGGAUGUAACUCAAAAUGUUGUGGUCUCAUUUCAAACAAAAAAAUCAAUUUAUGAGCACUGAGUUCACUGCAUAAUGGGAAGGGGUAGCUGGGUGACCAGUGAAUGAAUUGGAGCUCUGAAGUGGCACGAACAUGCAUUACUUUCUUUUCUUGAUGACUACUAAUUGUCACAGAUUUCUUGAUAGCACCUCACUGGGCCCUGGGAGCUGUAACAUGAUAGGCGUGGGUGGCCAUUCUAGGUAUCGGGUGUGGUCUUCACCAGAUUCCCCCACUAUUGCCACUUUCCCAUAGAUCACAGGUUUGCCUUCAUGCUCCAAUCCCACUUCAUCUCCUUACCCUCUAUUCACUGUCUAUAGAAAUUGGUAUUUCAAAAAUCAUCUAACUUUUGUUCCACAUCACUCUUGAAGUAAGAAUCAAGGUAUGUUUUAUGUAUAAGGUCUCCCCCCCCCAUUCUAAAUGUGGUAUAUGAGCAAUUGCUAAUACAGAAAACACCUUGAUUUUUACCUCAAUGAUGAUGUGGAACAUAAUUUAGAAUGAUUUUGUAAAUACACCAAUUAUAUACAACCAAAGGGAAAGAAAAGAUACCUAAAUAGCCACCCAAGCCUAUCAUGUUAUAGCUCCCCAGGACCCAGUGAGGCACCAGCAAUAAACUUGUGACAAUUAGUAAUCAAGAAAAGAUAGUAAUGCAUGUUCCUGCCAUUUUGGCACUCAGAAACACCUGGAACUGUGCAGAACAGGGAUAUUGAAUUUUGCCAUGAUACUAACUUUAUCAAGCGAGGCCACACAAGCCCUUCAUAUCGCGACUCAUCAGGAUGCACUCCCUUACCCUUUGGCCAACUAUGUGACCAGCAGCUUCCUUCAUUGUUAAGGUCAUCUUAUAGAGCAGUAAAACCUAAACUUUUUCCCUCAAAAAUUGAGGGAUCAGCUUAUAUAGUCCAGGCUGUACAGUACAUGGCGAGUUGGGGAGGAUGAAGGGGGGGUGGUGGCAGAAGCUUAUCCAUGGGGAGCAGAACCUGCUGCACAUAACUUCUCCAAGUUAAUUUAUUGUAAAAAUAAACAAUCAAAUCACAAAGCACAUACUUUCAACUCCCAGGACAUCCUGUAUACAAGUACAAGCUCAAUGCCACAGCAUGCAUUAUAGUGCUUGAAAGUCUCAUGUCACAUGGCUGACAUUUCUUGUUGCAGUAAAUAGAGGAGGUAGGUACACAACUACCUUCCCAGGGAGGAUAGAUGUUCUGAUGCUUUAGGAACACUAACUGGCAACCUUCCAUGGUCUGUGGUGAUCAGUGUGAGAGUCCCUUCAUUUACUUGUUCAAUAGAUGUAAAAAGAGCAUCUGGAUUGCUAGACAAAGUCUAUGCUAUUUUGCUUCCUCCCACCCUCUCAGUAUGUCCAAAAAAGAUUACAAGCAAGGAGAAACGUAUGGAGGAGCUUACAUUAUGCAAGGCUGGUUACUCUCUUGUUUAUUUCCACUCAAACAGGAAUUAGGCUGAGGACAACACAGCAGUUUGUGCAGUUUUUCAAGGACAGAGGGAAAGCUGCUGCAUUUCCCAAGUUUGGCAGACCUCAUAAGAACACUCUAAAGACCCAUGCAAUUAUCUCUAGACAGGCUGCUAAAUAACCAAGGCUGACAGCAUGGAAAGUCAAAGAAAAAAACUUUUACCAAGCCUGUCUGAGUUGGGAAGUGGUGUAACUGUAGCAUCCUUGAAACACUGCACCAACUGCUGUGUUGUCCUCACCCUAACUCCUUUUUGAGUGGAUAUAAAUGAGAGAUCAUGGCCAGCCUUGUGUAUUGUAAACACCUUUGCUUGAAGUAAUUUUGGGUAUUGUGGGAGACUAGGAGGAAGCAAAACAGUAGUGGUUAACCUUUUGUCUAGUAGUCCAGAUGAAAAGACAACACACUGUAUAAAUCAGUUGAACUGCUAAUUGAGGUGACUCACACAUUGCUGCCUAAUCCCAGCAGUGUGUAGUAUUUAUUACAUUAAAUUAAUCCCACGGGAUAGGAUCAAGCAAAUGACAACUUCCAUGAAAAAGAUCAAGACAUGUUGCUGGUCAUGCAAUGUAGGUGUAAAGGAUUAGUUUGGUAGCUACUGUAUAUACUUGGUGUCAAAAAUAAUACAUCUACUGUGAGGCUGUAAGACAUUCCAAGACUAAUUUUUACCUACAUCGCUGAGACAAUAGCAAGAAUGUGGUCAGUAGUUAUGCAGUUGGCAGUAAAGUGUUCUACUAUCUGGCAUCUGUACAUAACUCCAACACAACAUUCAUGUUCCUCAAAGAUCACAGUAUAAGUAACUUACCACUACACUAUUGUGUGGCUUAAAAGAUGCUUAGUCUGCAUUGGCACUGUCUUUGGCACAUACACUGCCAAUCUGGAAAAAAUGUUAAGAUGUCAUGCCUUAUUUUCAUAAAUCAUCACUUUCUGCAAGAAUUUUCAUCCUUUGAUCUAUUGUUUUACAAUUUGUCUUAUAUACACAAUAAUGUAUACUAACCAUGUGUAUAUUUCAAUGCAAUAUAAAGGCAUAUUCACUA